GCGGGGAAUCCCCCCUCCCGCACGGCGGUGGUGCGGUCCGGGAAGAUGGCGGCGAGACGCGGCGGGAGCGCUGAGCAUCCCCCAGCAGAGUCCUGCAGGAGGAGGUGACCCCAGAGGGUGAGAUGGCUGAGUGGGAGCGGCUGUUUGCAUGGAGCCGUGCUGUCCCACCUCACACCCAGCGCAGACGCGGCGUGCCGGAGCCCUCGGUGCCUUUCCAGUGUGUCCUGAAGUGCCUCGAGGGCUCUGUUGUCACGCAGCAGUCCCCAGCUAAGCUGCAGCUUCGCCUGUCUCUCUUCGAUGCCACCCACCGCCACUUCUUUGGCCACACGUGGCACAGCAGCACCCGGACCCCCCGCAACCCCCCAGGACAGCCCCCCUGUGUGCUCUUCAAUGAGGCCGUGUAUUUCCACACCUCGCUCAGCCACCCCAGCGUCACAGCCGUGGUGGAGGUGGUGGCUGUGGCCCCUACCCCAGAAGGGCUCUCACGGAACGUGUCGUGUGGCUUCGGGCUCAUCCCACUGUUUGACAGCAGGCGGGAGCCCUCGGACCUGGCUGCCAAGGGCAGAGUGCUCAAGCUGUACCACGGGACACCACGUGCCUUGCUGCACCCGCUUCUCCAGGACCCUCUAGAAAAGAAUAAAUACAUGACUAUAAUGGAGAACAGCCACCUGCAGUACAGCCUGAAGCUCCACCUGCCUCUGGAGAAGGUAUUUCAUCUCCUUCCUGAAAACCUCCUGGUGUCUGGCCUGCAGAAGAUCCCUGGCCUGCUGCCUGCACAUGGGGAAGCAGGUGACAUCUUCCUCAAGCCGCGGCUCAUGCGGACAGUCCCCUGCUACCUGGACCAGCUCUGCGUGCUCCUGCACCCUUCUCUGGAGAAGUUUGAGGAAGAGCUGCUGGAGCAGCUGAACAGCGACCGCUUGCUGAAGCAGGAGGUUGGCAGCGCGCUGUGCGUGCAGGAGCGGCGGCUGCGUGUCGCUGUGCACAACGGGCUGCGCUUCGUCCAGGCCCCGCAGGUGGCCGUGCUGCAGCCAGCAGCUGAGGCGGCCCGGAGGCAAACCACCAGCAACACGGACAGCACUGCAGAGCAGGCGCUGCUGCUGCGGAGCUGCCUGCAGCUGAAUGAGAUGGUUGCCCAUCCGGCCUUUGGGGUCUGCUUCCAGCUGGAGUACGUCGUCUGUGCUGCAGCCAAGGCUGCAGCUGGCAGUGCGUUGGGCCCGGCAGCUGCCAUGCACACAGUGCGCUGGGCGCUUUGGAGCCCCUUCCUGGGGGCCACCUCCUCCCCAGUGCUGCUGCCCCUGCGUGGCAGCGCCCAUCCCAGCCCCGGGCAGACCCUGGUGUACAGAAACCCUGCAGACAGCGAGAGCUCCCAGCAGGUGAAGCGCAUUGCGUCGGGUUCUGUCCAGUUCCACGUUUCCACUGAUGCAGAACAUCGUGUAACUUCGACAGACAUCUCGAGUAAAGCUGGCAAGGAGCCGGAGGAGCCUCCUACGCCAUCGCUGAGUCUGCGCUCCCCGCCGCGCCCAGCAGCCUCCACGCAGGGACCAGGGCUGUCUCUCUCACAGCUGCUGGCCUCUCCGCAGAGCAGGGACGGGUGCACAGUGCCACGGAGCCGCAGCGCCCCAACGCCCCGGCCCUGCAGCACACAGGAUGGCCGCGCCGAGCGCACUGCUGGCAUCACACACCUGGAGGCUGACCUGUGUCUGGGCUCCCCACGCGCUGAUGCCUCCAGCAGUGAGCACCUGCGGGCGCUGCCCUUUGUGCCAACGCAGCUGCCCGUCACGGCCAUGGCGCUGCCUGCUGGGAGUGCUGCGCUCAGCCGUGCCUCGCUGGCGCUCCUGCACACCUUUGGCUUCCCAGAGAUCCUCGAUGACAACAAGAUGCCCCUGGAGGUCACGGAGCCGCUGAACCCCGCGCAUUUCAGUCCUCGGCUGGAGGAAGUGGAUGCUCUGCAAAGCAAUGAAAUAAUCCUGCAGUUCCUUGCGUUCAGUAGGGCUCCUCAGGAUGCACUGGAAGGGACGUGGCCCAGGACAGUGUUCCUCACCUUCCAGUUCUACCGCUUCCCCCCGGUCAGCACGCCGCGGCUGCAGCUGGUCGAUGCGGAUGGCGAGAGGGCGGUUGGGUCUGCUGUGCCAGCACAAGUGCUGCUCCAGUUGAACGAGGAUGGGACCCCAAACACUGAAGCCCCAGGGCUGCAGCUGAGGUAUGUGGUGGACCCCACCUUCCUGAGGCCUGGGGAGCAGCGUGUCUUCGUGCGCUACCUGGCUGAGCAGAGCCUGCAGAUGGACAUCUGGGAUGGAGACUCGCUGCUGCUGGUCGGCUCUGCUGCGGUUAAACUGAAGCCCCUGCUGCGCCAGGGCCGGCCGGCUGUCAGGACGCUGCACGAGCUGGAGGUGAUCACCACUGAGUACGAGCAGGAUGCACCACCAGCAGCAGGCAGGGAUGUGCUGUGCCCUCUGGGCGCCCGCGUGGCUGUGCGAGGCCGCCUGCACCUCUGCCUGGCCAACGUUGGUGAGUACUCCUUGGAAGCCUUCAUAGCGCUGCAAAGUGUUCUGGCAGCCAUUCUGUGCAGCCUACGGCUGGAGCAGAGCUCAGAACCCCUGCAUGCCCCGCAUGAGGCCGCGGCCAUCCAGCAGCGCAAGAUGCAGUGCUUGGCAGCGUUGCAGCAGCAGGAGGGUGGUAACAGGAGGAUCCCCCAGCACGAGGGCUGCUCUAAGCAGUGCACGCAGUACCUGCAGAUCAUCGAUGCCUACCGAGAGCGCACCAAGCAGCGGUAUAUCUCCCAAAUGCUCAGCCAGGCCAUCACCGUCACCCACACUGUGUACGCCAUGCUGGGGACGGCCGAGUUCUUUGAGUUUGCCCUGAAGAACCCCUACAGCACCCAGCACACGGUGACGGUUGAGGUUGACCACCCCGAGCUCAGUGUCAUACUGGACCCAAGGGAAUGGAGGCACUUCAAGGAGCUGACCCAGACGGCCACCCCGCUGGAGGAGGACAUGUUCCACCUGCGGGAUGACCUCAGGCCUCAGAUCUACCUGCGCCCCAAGGAGACUGUGCACAUUCCCUUCCGAUACCAGAUGUUCUCCACAGAGCCGGCUGUCACAGCGGUGCCGGAACCGAUGGGGCUGAGCAAAGAAGAGGAUGCAGGGAGGGCACAGGAGGAGCCAACGGCUGCGCAGAUGAGGCUCAUCCAGGUGGCUUUCUGUGUGAGCGGGGGCAAACCCAUCGCCCUGCUGCAGGUGAAGGUUGAGCCCCGGCCCCACGUGGUGGAUCAGACCUUCCGCUUCUUCCACCCCGAGCUGACCUUCCUGAAGAAGGCCUUCCGCCUGCCUCCAUGGCACACGCUCCCAGGUGCUCCAGUGAGGAUGCCGAGCAGUGAUCCUGAGGUCUAUGUCCGCUGCAGUGACCCUAAUGUCAUCUGUGAGACCAAAAAUAUGGGUCCUGGGGAACCACAGGACGUCUUCUUAAAAGUAGCUGGAGGACCAAGCCCGCAGAUCAAAACGUUCUUUGUUGUUAUUUAUACGGACCCCUGGCUGGCCACGCCGCUGCACAUCUGGCAGUUCUACCUGCACUCCCUGCAGCGUUUGGAUGUCAGCUGCACUGCAGGGCAGCUCUCCCGCCUGGCCGUCCCGCUGCGCGGCACCCGCACCCUGCGCAGGGUGAAGGCGUUCUGCUCCCAUCCCCAUGAGCUGAAGGUGGACCCAGCAGGUGUGUUCACGCUGCCCCCCAAUGGGGUCCUGGAUCUGUUUGUGGGUGUGAGGCCGCGCCGGGCUGGCAGCAGAUUCUUCUACCUCAACCUGGUGGAUGUGGAGUGCCACCAGCUGGUGUCCUCCUGGUUGCUCUGCGUCACCUGCCGACAGCCGCUCAUUUCCAAGGCCUUUGAGAUCACCAUCCCUGCAGGCAGCGGGAAGGGCUCCAACAAGCGCAUCACCUACACCAACCCCUACCCCACACGCAGGCUGUACUUUCUGGUCACCAGCCGGCCCGACUUGCUGCAGUUCAGGGAGGAUUCCUUCCAGGUUGCUGGGGGGGAGGUGUACACCAUCGGGCUGCGCUUUGCCCCGAGUCAGAGCGUGGGUGAGGAGGAGAUCCUGAUCCACAUCAACGACCACCAGGACAAGAACGAGGAGACCUUCUGUGUGAAGGUCAUCUACUACUGAGCUGUGGCACGGCUCUUGGUCCUCGUUUGGGCAAUGCAGCCCCGCACAGGUGAGGGCAACGUGUCUGCUUCUCAUCUCACCCCACUCUGCUGUGGGGUCCCUCUGGCCCUAUGGGAGCCCCGCUGCUGGACCAGGCUGCCCUGUGCUCAGAACAGGAAGGGGGGAUGUUCACCGCUGUGUGCCACAACUGCAGAAGGUCUUAAUUUUUGUUAGAUGUUUUUAAUGUUUAUAUUGCAAGGGCUUUAAAUCUUUGUGUGUUUUUAACUUAAAGUUUACAAAAUGUUUCUGAAGGAUUCUGUACCCGCCAUCGAAUGUUGCAGAAACGAAUCAUUUGGAGUUGGUGAUGCUUUUCUACUCAUUCGAGACCAAUAAAAUUUGUGCCCUGCUCUGA